AUGUCGUGCAUGGUGGGCGGUGAUCUCCUGGGCGAUACUCGCUACCAGUCUUCCACAAAGGUGCUUUGUCUGUUUCAAGGGAUAAGAAGGAUAGGCAACUUUACCUUGUUCUUAAGUGUUGGAGGCGGGCAAUAUCGACCUGUUCCCGGGUUGAGUUUGAAUAUCAUUGCCGAGCCCACACCACAAACAGCAACGCCCAGUGUCGGACCAGCAGCCGGAGGCACCUUCGUGAGCUUUUCCACUGCAGAGACGAUACCUGACAUGCCUAUGGAGUGUGAAUUCGGUGAGCUUGGAGCAAGGACAGGAGCUAUUCGGAUAAGCGAUCAACAGUUUGGAUGUUUCUCCGCAGCCAAAGCAAGUAGUGCUCGAGUACGGGUAUUUUUGUGGUUAGGUACUACUCGAUCGAAAAGCAAUGUAUUCUUUCAAUACUUGGAACGAGAAAGGGCAAUGCUAGAGGCGGUACUUCCGUCCGUUGGCUCUAUUCAAGGCGGGUUGUGGGUAGAUAUCGUCGGCAAGCACUUUGAUAUCCAACGUCCUGGGUGCCGAUAUGGGGCCCGAGAGUCUUUGAUCUUGUGGGCGUCUUCCUCAUUGAUUCGCUGCAAGACGCUACCGAGCACUCCUGGUCCUGUAUUUUGGCAAGUGAAAGGGACAGAUGGGCAGCAUGUCUCAGCUCUCAGAGCGUUCUAUGUGCUCCAAACACCCGAGAUAGACUCUAUACAACCAUCGUGGGCCGUCCAGGGUAAUUCCAGCGCUGUUGUGACAUUACGGGGAAGACACUUUGAGAUGUCGCUCUAUGUACAGAUCAACGGGCUGGGCUGGCAGGUAUGUGACAUCUUGUCGACAGCCAUGGGAACUUGCCGUCUGGUAUUGAGCCUAGAGCCUCAGCUUGUGACCCUGCGGGUGAGCAACAACAAAAGAGAGUCUGGGAUGAAGUGUAGCUCACCUUUUCAGAUAUUGGGAGAACCUCGGAUCAACAAGCUGAUCCCCUCGUCAGGACCAGUCAAGGGGGGAAUGCAGCUAACCGUUGUUGGUGAACAUCUUGGGGAUCAAGCCGACGUCAUGCUGGUGACGUGUGUCUUCGAAGACAUCGGAAUGAGCCAGGCGAGGGUACUGUCGUCUACGAGAGUAAUCUGCGUCACACCAGCACACGACAUUCCAUCCAUUGUGCAGGUACAUGUAACAUGUGGUGAGGAUGGUCUGGUGGUCAGCGGAUCUAUGAACGUACAGUAUACCUUGCAAUGUACCGUCCAAUCAACGGCCCAGCAUGUUGAGAGUGAGACGGGAUUGCACGUAAUUCGUGUUGUUGGAGAGAACUUCAUGCCGGAUGCGGUAUCAUGCAGCAUUGGACAGGACAACAGGUUGCUGCAGGCUGUAUGGCUGACGUCGACCGUGUCUCUGUGCAAAGCGCGCGGAGACAUCCCGAGGGCACAGUCUUUCACCUUCUACUGCGACAAUCAAUUGAUCGAUGCGAGGAUUCUGGACGACGACUGGUCGGAAGUGCUCUUGCUCUCUUUGAGCCCCACCGUGGGUCGGGGGGGCGAUGGAGCUUGGAUCGAGUUGCGAGGAGUUUUCAGGACUGACAUGAACGAUGCCCGCUGCGUUUUCGGGCAGGGCAAGACAUAUGCAGAAGCUCGCUGGCUAUCUACCUCCCGGGUGCAAUGCGGUAUCCCGGCACUUGCUUCAGGGAAUGUAACAGUGUCGUUGUCUGUAGGGAGUAAUGAUAUUAUAUCAAACUCUCUUCUAUUCAUCUCCUUAGAUCAGAUAAAGAUCCAGAGACUACUACCAAGCCGAGGUUUGGUCGGUGUAUACACGUUUGUCUCUGUCGUUGGAUCUCUUGACCAUAUGGGUCUGCAUUCGACGUGCAGAUUUGGUUCUAUGCACAGCAGUGCAGUGAUGAUCUCAUCGUCGAUGGCAGCGUGCAAGAUCUCGAGCUCUUUUGCAAGGCGUGUCGAGCUGAAGCUGUGCAUAUCUGAACAAGAUCAAGUAUGCUCGAAUGUUUUGCGCUUUGACUUCGAAGAAGCUUUUGCAGUGCUGAAAAUUACUCCAUCAUCCGGUCCAACUCGUGGUGGAACCAAGAUUACUUUGAUCGGAAAUCAGCUUGGAAGGAAUACUACUUUCUGUAAAUUUGGUCAAUCUUCGGUCGGAAGGGCGACCAUCACAAUAGCAGCCAGUCUUGCUGUAUGUGAGAGCCCUUCCAUGCAAGCUGGACUGGUUCCAUUGACGAUAGUCCAGUCUGAGUACACUUUUGCUGCGCUGAACUCUAACGAGUUUGCAUACCUCUACUGGCCCGAACCACAGGUGACGUCGAUCGUGCCUAGUAUUGCUUACCAAGAAAUUUCUACGGUCAUAACAAUGAAAGGACAAGGCCUCGCUCCGCUUCUUGAAGCGGGCUGUGGGAUUGGGGGAGCUGUGGCAAAGCUUUCACGGGAGAGCUCGGGCGAUUAUGUCUGUCGUGUACCUCAAGGUCUGGCUGUUGGACUUUACAGGAUCACGUUCAACAUCCACGGGCUUGAGCCUUUGUCGAGUGACCUUCAGCUCGCAGUAGAGCCCAGCACAAACAUACUUGAGAUCAGACCGACUUGCGGGCCUGCACGGGGCGGAACAACCAUAUCCAUACGUAUUAGGGGUGCAUUGAGCGAGAAGGAUCUUGGCUGUAUGAUAGGAGCACAGUGGACUGGAUUGAUCAAAGGGAGUAGACAUGAUGAAUUUCGGUGUGUCGCGCCACCUUCAACAGUGAUAGGAGAAGUGGCUAUGAGGCUUGCAUCGCGGGAAUCAGUCAAGUACGAUACUGCAGCAUCAAGGCACUCUGGAAAAGAAUGGACGUUCAAAUUCUACGAUGAUGAGCAAGUCGAUGCUGUCUUACCUGGAGAAGUGUUCUUGUCACCUGACCUUCAUCUCACUGUGAUCGGGCGAAACUUUGAGCAGAGCCACGACAUUUCUUGUCUGUUCGCCGACAAGCAUGUCAAGAUGGCUACUUUGAUAACAUCGACGCAAGUUCUCUGUGAUAUACCGAGCUUGGAGGAGGGGAAGAUGAGCUUGAAAGUCGCGAACAACGGAGUGGACUUCAGUCUAUCAAGUCAGACCGUGCGACUCGAACCCCAGAUUGAAGCUUUGUUGAUCACUCCUUCGAAAGGGCCAAUGGUGGGUGGGAUAACGCUGACCGUUUUUCACUCACGUCUGAUUCUUGCACGAAAUGUCAGCUUUAAGUUCAGAGAUCAGGUAGCACAGGGACAGAGCUUGCCAGGAAAAUUUGUCUGUGUCGUCCCCACAGGAUCCUCCCCAGGGAAUGUAUCCGUCCUAGUCAUGUCUGAUGCAAAGGAGAAGGUUAUGGACUUCAUGUUCCAGUAUGAGGAGUUGGGAAUAGUCAAGCUGGUCUACCCGACAAUAGGUCCGACCGAUGGUGGAAGCCUUGUCACGUUUGCUAUCAGCAAGUUGCAUGUGAAAGAUGCGCUUGUUUGCUCAUUUGAGGGUGAGAUGGUGGAUGCUAAGUUAGGGAAGAGCAGAGAAGAAGUAGUGUGUUACACGCCAUCACAUCAGGAAGGUACCGUCCGUUUAGAGCUGUACAAGGGCAGCUUGGCAUUAUCAGGACCUGGCAUUGAAUUCAUGUUUGCUCCAUUGUUUGUAGUCGAGGAGAUCUUUCCGUCAUCUGGCCCGACCCAGGGGAACAGCAUAGCAACGAUUGUAGGAAGAAAUUUUCUGUCUGGAAAGGACCUGUAUUGUCUUUUCUCUACGUCUGCAACUUUGAGCACGGUGGUGGAUUCGAGGAAAAUAGUGUGUCGGACUCCAGAAUCUCCAGCAGGAACCAUUUCUAUGUCUGUGGGCCUUGACAGCCAGGUGUUUAGCAGGGGUUAUUUGUUGUACGAGUUCUAUACCCAAGUACAGCUCGAUGCGAUCAUUCCAGAGGUCUGUUUGGCUGAGACGCCUUCGCGCAUAACAAUGCUUGGGGCAAACUUCGACGAGAAGGUGCUAUGCGAUGUAGGGGCUAUCAGUGCUGUUGCAAUGGAGUUGGUGGAUGUAUCUCGUGCUGUAUUGGAGAUCCCGGGGUUGCCUGCCGGGGAACAUUCGAUUCGAUGCAGCAAAGUUGGAGGACAUCUCUCAAACGUGAGAACUCUGCACUCUUGGGCAUUUCCGUUGGACAUCGUUAUUGACCCAACGUCUUCAGCUGUUGGAGGGGGCACGGUCAUAAGCGUCUUAGCAAGUACAGCUUUUCCAACGACGACUUGGAGAUGCUUGUUCGGAAAAAGCCCUGUGGAUGCUCAGAUAGUCGACCAUAAGACUUUGCAAUGCACAGCGCCGCCCGCGCACGAGGCUGGAUCAGUUGAGAUGAUGAUAACCAGCACAGGAAGAAAUUCUUUCAAAUCGCCACGCUUUCCCUUCCUCUACAUACCAACCGAUGCAGUCCACAUGCUUGAUUAUCAUCCAUCGGAAGGACCUUGUUCGGGGGGGACGGUCAUCCAUUUCAGCACAAGUCAUGGUAUGGAAACUGUUGGAUCGGUCCGGUGCGUAUUCGGCGCGACAACUGUGGAAGGGUAUAGUGACGCCAAUACAUCAAGGCUUGUCUGUGUUUCGCCACCAGGUAGGCCUGGUCUGAUGCAGCUGAGGGUGAUAAGUGUGGUGAAGGGCAUGGUUGAGUGGGACUUGCUUUAUUCGUACAUGCCAAAUCCCAUCCUGAGCACAGUUUGGCCUUCAUUGUUUGUGGUCGAAGGGCAGGCGACGGCCAGAGUGACUUUAUCUGGAGAAAACUUCAUGGAUCGGGAGAGCUUGAGAUGCAUGUUUGGCAGGAAAGAAGGUAUUCCAUAUUUUCAUACCAGUACACACCUCGAAUGCGCAAUUGAAGGAUUACAGCAUGGAAAUUUUUCUAUGUACGUACGCAGUGACAACGGCCUGAGCGCGGAAUCAGUCCAAGUCAUAGUCACAAAACCUGUGAAGGUGGUGAAGGCUCAAUGCCGACAACGAGCCAGAGGUCUUGAAAGAUCAUUCAUUCGUUUGGUUGGCUCGGGGUUCUCAUACGAUAAGGUUGUCAGAUGUGAACUUGACAGUCUUUAUGUCCAAGCAGUCUUCGUGUCUGAGGAUGUGAUGCUCUGCCACUUCGAUUCCUUGCGUUGCAGGAAAGUGUUCAACCUGUCCAUAGAGGUGACGGAGGGGGACAAUAUAUUCAAGAUAGUGGCACAGCCUGAAAUAUUUGAAGAGCAAGGGGGCGCUCGAAUUCAUUCAUGCGUACCAAGUCAGGGAAGUCUUGGUGGUGGGACCAUUGUGACCGUGCGAGGAAAGAAUCUCGUAGGAGGACAAUCAGCAUGUCGAUUCGGGAGGCUCAGAACAGAUUCCUUGGCCCAGGUGUCGAGCACAAUGGUGUUGUGCGUGAGCCCAAAGCAGCUUGUCAGCUCUGAUGUAGAGGUUGUCGUGCUUGGCGACGAUGGGCUCUAUUCAGAUGCUGGGGUCACGUACUUGUACAGGCCGGUGGCAAGGAUACACGGUGUAUUCCCAUCGAGCGUGCGGAGGGGGCUUUCGACACCCAUAACAGUGCAAGGGGCAGAUUUCGAGAUGGAGUCUAUGCUUUGCAGGCAAGACCGGAGAAAGGUAGUAGACUCGCGGAUAGUAUCCUCGUCGCUGAUUGUCUGCACCAUCACCCCGACCUCGAGUGAAGCAGUGAAUGUGUCGGUCAGUGCCAACAGGCUUGAAUGGUCCAAUGACUUCUCCGUUGCAGUCGUGGACCAGCAUCAAAGAAACCCAAAUUCCCUUGUUCGAAUUUCCGGUCUCUCCCCUUCGUUUGGGCAAUACGGUGGAGGAACACAGGUUCAAAUUUUUGGAUCUGGUUUUUCAGCUGUUACACAGAUUCGCUUUGGACAAGCUCAAGCUCAGUGUUUUUAUCUCACAACUAGUUUCACUCUGUGCAAUACCCCGCCAUCAAAGAGUCCAGGCCUUGUCAAUGUCUUCAUUGUGUCAGAUGUCCCAUCGAGGAACGGCAGCUCCACUUGGUUUGAGUACAUCGCUGAAGCUCAAGUGUUGCAUGCUUAUCCCAGCUCAGGGACGUCAGAUGGAGGAACGACGGUGACUGUAGUAGGACGAGGUUUUGAAAGAGGCUACCAGCCGAUCUGCAAGUUUGGCGAACGCACGGUAGAAGGUACAUUUCAAUCAAGCACACAGGCAGUUUGUACAAGCCCAGUCCACGUUGCGGGGAAUGUGUCGUUGUCAUUGUCCGUGAACGGGGCAGACUACACGAGGACAGUUUGUAACUAUCAAUAUGUAAGCGGGGUGACGAUAGUAUCGAUACAACCCAGCGCGGGAUCUGUGAAUGGUGGGGACUCGAUCACGGUGCAAGGUACGGGUUUUUUUUCAGGACUUUCAUGCAAAUUCGAUUCAAGCUCAUCUUCAGACACAUCGUUCAAGAGCUCGUUCAUGAUCAUAUGUGUUUCUCCCUUCUUCGAGAGGAGCUUUCUUGCUGAGCUUAGCCUCUGGUCCUCGGGUCAGCGUUACACUUCUGGUCAGCAGAUUUCAUUUCAAUACUUGUCCGUCCCUCGCAUAUAUAGCGUAAACCCGUCGUCGCUGACCACAUCCGGAAUUUCAUCAGUUACAGUGGUAGGGGUAGAUUUGUUGGAGGGCGAUUUCUGUAUUUUCUCACAUGAGCCGUCAUCGUCGAUGCCGGGCGCUUUGUUGAAUGGACAACUGCUCUGUAAGGUGGCUAUGCCGCGGAUUUUAUCUUCAGAAACAGCAUUCAUAGAGGUAGCUCGGAAAGCAAAUGCCGACUUGCGAUCGAACAAGAUCCCGAUUGUCUUGAGGCAAUCGAUCGAAAUAAGUGCUCUCAUCCCCAAAGUCUUUGAAUCAGGGGAUACAAGCAUAUUGACGAUAAUUGGAGAAGGGUUUUCUGCAAACCCUCCUAUGUGCCUGCAGAUUGCCAGCCUGCAGUAUGUUGUGGAAGCUCCGUCUUCAAGCAUGCUUCUGUGCGAACUGACAACACAAGAGAUAGGCAUAGGAUCGCACGUAAUUGCUCUUUGCCCAGACUCAGGCUAUGACCUGAAAUCCGCCAACGCAUCGAUCGAGAUCGUGAGUCGGGUUGUUCUGGAGCGAGUUACCCCAAGUGUUGGACCUCGAAUGGGAUCGACCGCGGUCACCAUCUGGGGUAACUCUUUCCACGAAGAGACAGAGUAUUUUUGCAAAGUUCGAGAUGGUGUUGCUCAAGCGAUGGUGAUGAAUUCUACAACCAUAAUGUGCACGAUUCCAGAAAUCCAAGACGGUGAUGGACUUGUUCAUAUUUGCGUGCACACCAAAAGGCUUUCGAACGAUACCAGGAAGUCAACAGAUUGUGUGCAAUAUCUUUUGAUGCCGCCGCACAGGUUGGAAGGCAUUGUUCCUUCUCUGAUCAAGAAGAGCAAAGGCAAAUCGAUCUUUGUGAGUGGUGAGGGUUUCGUUGGAAUCAAUCAAUACACCUGCUUGUUUGGAUCCGACAUACGUACUUCGGCGCAGUAUCUGACGUCAAGGGUUUUAAGAUGUCCCAUCAUCGACCGACUUGAAGGGAAAUACUUGAUAUCAAUUUACUACGGGGCUCUGUCUGCAGCGUUGAAUGGGUUUCUAGCCGAGUUUGGAGGCAGAGAUCAGGUGACAAGAGUGUCUCCUAGUCAUGGGCAUGCAAGUUCCAAAAAUACUGUGACGGUACAUGGCUGGGGGUUUUCAGGGUUUGACACUUUGUUCUGUCGCAUUUCGCACACCUUCACAUAUCCUGCCCGACAGAUAUCAGAUAAGGAAAUCGUAUGUGACAUAGCCGCACCUAGCCUGCACGGGGUGGUGGGACUUGAUGUCACAUGGAGGGGCUUAUCGCUGGUAAAUGAACCGCUCACGUUUGAGUUUCUGACGCGAGAGGUUACGAUUUUCCGUGUCGUGCCAUCCAUCUGUCAUAGAGCAGGAACAGCCUUGACAGUUUUUGGUCUGAAUUUUCGAGAUUUGGAUCAUCUGUACAUUCAAGUCUCCGAUGCCAAGUAUGAGGCUACAAUCCUCUCGAGCAGUAUGGCGGCAACCCAGAUACGAUCAUUCCCUAUCGGUAUGCACUAUGUCUCCGUGGGGAAUAUGCAGGGAAAUCAGCCGACUGAGCACAGCAACCAGCUGCCUUUUGCGAGGGUACACCCUCCCAGACUUUAUGAGGUGGUACCAUCGACAGGCCCAGUCACGGGAGAUACUUUGAUAACCUUGAUAGGAGAGAACUUGGGACACUCGUACAGGAAUACUUACAUCUGGGUAUUUGGAAAGCAUGAAACGACAUGUUCUGCACAGACGACAACUACUCUUUUGUGCAAUACCCCGCCAUCAAAGAGUCCAGGCCUUGUCAAUGUCUUCAUUGUGUCAGAUGUCCCAUCGAGGAACGGCAGCUCCACUUGGUUUGAGUACAUCGCUGAAGCUCAAGUGUUGCAUGCUUAUCCCAGCUCAGGGACGUCAGAUGGAGGAACGACGGUGACUGUAGUAGGACGAGGUUUUGAAAGAGGCUACCAGCCGAUCUGCAAGUUUGGCGAACGCACGGUAGAAGGUACAUUUCAAUCAAGCACACAGGCAGUUUGUACAAGCCCAGUCCACGUUGCGGGGAAUGUGUCGUUGUCAUUGUCCGUGAACGGGGCAGACUACACGAGGACAGUUUGUAACUAUCAAUAUGUAAGCGGGGUGACGAUAGUAUCGAUACAACCCAGCGCGGGAUCUGUGAAUGUUAUUCAUUGCUUCUUCAAUCAUCAAUGA